AUGUGGAAAGCCAAGGAGUAUAAGUACAUCCGUCAGAAGGUACCUGUGAUGUCCAGCGAGCUGCUGCUUUAUCUUGAUUUGAUCCUCAUAAUAAGUAUGGCAAUGUUUUGCCAAACUUUGAAGCAAUGCCAUCCGUCUAUAUACUCAGUGUACGGCCAUUACCUCUCUCGUCAUGAAGUAUUGACAACCGUUUCUUCCAGUUUCUCCGAGUGUGUUACGAUUUGCUCUAUUUACAUCCGCUGUAGAAGUUUGAACUUUCGCCUGGGGGACAAGUCAUGUGAGUUAAAUGACUCAGACCAAUAUACUCAUCCUGAGGAUUAUGGACCGAGGGCAGGAUCUGUGUACAUGGACACUCCUAAUGGACACAGAAAUGUUCAAAAAAUUGGCUUCAAGUCCUGCGGAGAAAUACACCAGGAAUGGCCUCAGGUUAACAGUGGAUAUUUUUGGAUAAAAAUCGGAGACAGAGACGCACAAGUGUAUUGCGAUAUGGAAAAUUAUGGUGGAGGCUGGACCUUAGUUGUGAGUAUCAGUUCUAAGAAUAACGAUCAUCUUCAGAGAACUGCUAACAACUGUCUCAACUCCAUAUUGUGUGUGCCUUUUUCGGACAAGAAUAUCACAAGCCGGAAACUGGGCGACGAGGACUUACAUAAAAUGACAAAUACAGAAGGAACGUUUAGAGUGGACAUAUUGAGGAAUAAUGGAAUUUUUACGACUUAUUUCCAGAUACCCAGUGGACCGGAAAAAUUCAACUCAACCUGCAGCUGGGGAAAUUGUCCGCGAAUUAUUGUUUCUCAUUCUUACCCAUAUACUUGGGAGACGAACCACUGCACAAGUAUUGACGUGGGAUAUCACAUUCACCCCUCCAGGCCAGGUUCUGUGGUAUUUGAGGGUGCAUUGAAACUAACUCCUAAGUAG